AGCACUUAUUCUUCUUUCAGAUGUGUAAAUGAAAAAAUGGCUUGCCAACAAACUACCGAUUAAAAUUUUCCCGUCUUGGCCAAAACUAUCCUAAAUGGUGUAGAUAAUUAAUUUGCUCUUGGCUUAUUCCAUAAUUUUCAUACAAGAUGAUAAACUCCUCGGAUUACGUAAAAGCCAUCGAAGGCGGCAUUCAGCCUACUCAGGCUGUAGAAACGAAACUUUACAAAAGAAGGUGGUUGAUUCUCAUCAUCUUCGUUUUGUACAGCGCUAGCAACGCCAUGCAAUGGACUCAAUAUUGCAUUAUAACGGACAUAGUUAAAAAGUACUACAGCGUGUCGGAUACGGCGGUUGACAUGACGAGCAUGAUUUACAUGUUUACGUAUAUUUUGUUCAUCUUUCCAGCGAGUUAUUUUCUCGACAGAUUCGGUCUCCGCUACGCAGUCAUUUUGGGGGCUCUAGGAACAGCCGUAGGCUCUUGGAUAAAAGUCUUAAGCGUCAGUCCUGAUGGAUUUUGGAUAACAUUUUUGGGCCACACCUUGGUCGCUUUGAGUCAAACUUUUAUUCUUUCGGUGCCUGCACGAUUAGCUGCUGUUUGGUUUGGUCCUGAUCAAGUUAGUAGCGCAUGUAGCAUCGGGGUCUUUGGUAAUCAGCUUGGCAUAGCCAUAGGUUUCCUUUUUCCACCAAUGCUCGUGCGCGACUCCGAGGAUUUAAAUGUUAUUGGCCAAGGCUUAAAACUGAUGUUUUAUAUCGUGGCGGUCUUUACAUUGGUUAUUUUCGUCCUCACUUUAUUGUUUUUUAAAAAUCAACCUUCCUUGCCACCAAGUCCAGCUCAGGCUGUUCGGGAAGAGUCGGAAAGGCCGGAAGACUUUUUGCUAUCGGUAAAAAGACUCGUGACAAACACAGGCUAUUUAUUACUUUUGCUGAGUUACGCCAUCAACGUAGGGAUAUUUUAUGCUAUUGGAACUCUCCUUAAUCCGAUCGUUUUGGUGCAUUUUCCAGGUCACCACGAUGAUGCCGGUAGAAUAGGACUGACCAUUGUGUGCGCUGGGAUGUUGGGUUCAGUCGUUUGCGGCGUCGUUUUAGACAAAACCCACAAGUUUAAAGAAACAACCCUUGCCAUCUAUAUUUUCUCCUUUCUGGGCAUGAUCAUUUUCACGUUUACUAUUGGUUUGGACGAAAUCAUCAUUGUCUAUGUGACAGCAGGAUUAUUAGGAUUUUUCAUGACUGGUUACUUGCCUGUUGGUUUCGAAUUUGCGGCUGAACUAACGUAUCCCGAGCCGGAAAGUACAUCAGCUGGUUUGCUGAAUGCAGUGGUGCAAAUUUUCGGAAUCUUAUUAAUCCUGCUCUACAGACAUCUUUUUCAGAUUUGGGGAGACUAUUGGGCAAACACUGUACUUUGCGCGACCCUUUUUGUUGGAUCCUUCAUUACUUAUAUUAUACCAAACGAUUUACGACGGCAAAACGCCAAAGUUUAAAAAAAAAGUCGUAAUCGAGGUUUAUCCAUCACAGCGAUCGUAAAGAGCAUUAGUUAUUGUAUUACAUGAGGAUAUCAACCAUAAUCCACCGUCUAGUCAUAUGGGACAUUGAUUGAAUAUAUACUUGACCGCCCGCAAUUACCUGAUGAUACUAAAACUUUUCUUUUUAUUUUGUUCAUUUACCGUUUAUUAUUUCCUUUUGCUUUGAAUAAUGGCAAAGUGCGUUAAACUUGUACAAGGUAUUGUAUCAUAGUAGAAGUCUGUAUUGCGCAAUAAGGACUUGGUAUCAAUGUUUUAUCGUGACCAACUUAUUAACUAAUUCUCAAAUAAUUCGUUCAUUGUUUACGUAUUAAUGAGGUACAAGGCAUAUUAAUGACAAUAAACGCAACCUCUUUCAACGAGAAAUCCCCAAACUAUAUGAUUAAUGUACACGUACCUAUACUAGUAGAUUAAACUCAAUUGGGAGAAAGAAAAUUUCUACAUUUUAAUAAUAUAUUUUAAAAACGUAUGUUUUCAUAUAUUUGCAUCUAUUAUUCAUAUGCUGUUAUUAAAUUGUCAAUGCAGAACACAGAAAAGUUAAUGAAAACUGUUACGUAGGAAAGAUUUGUAGUUUAUUUUACUUAUGUUUUAUGAAAUUGGUUCAUGUUAGAAACAAAGGAUGCGAUAGACUAUUUUGUUUAUUGGAUACCAAUAGUUAAAUUAAACGUCAUGAUUAUCAUUAUUGCUUAAACUUAAUUUGUAAGGCAUGAUUUAUUUAUACCUGACGAAAUUUGCGUUAUUAUUAUUAUUAUUAUUAUUUUUUUUUUUUCCAAGGAAAGGAAGUUAUGAGCAAACUGUAAUUUCACGCAUUAAUGUGCCACUAACAUACUACAGCUUGUUUAUAACAUUACUCUUGGAUGAUUGUACAAUAUUUUACUGAUUUUUACGAAAGUUACAAUAGGUUCCAUCUUGACGCAUUGUAUCCGUUUAAAUUUGUAAAUAAUUGAAUAACGAACCCUUACACGACAAUGUAAUGAUAAAUUUAUCUAUCGUUAUGUAGAAAUACUUGGGUCACAUUGACGGUGAACUUUUCUUCAAGAAAGAUACAUAUGUAUAUACUUAGCAUAUGUAAAUUCCUGAACCACAGACACGCUUAUUAGCAAUGAAAAUGAAAUAUUUUUGUAAAGUUAACGUAAAUUGUUUAAAUGAUCACAUGUUUGAAUGAAUCUUAUUAUAAAACGUCGUCUAAAUAUUUUAAAUAACAAAAUGAAAAAAAAAAAAAAAAAAUUGUUGGCAAUGUUUACUGCAGUAAUACUUAGUUAUUGCACUCCCAAAGUAAUUAACCCGACUCUGACAAUAAACCGCAGUUUUAUACGAGUAGUAUUACAAUUUGAUAUUUUAUUUUUGGCAUUUAAAAAUAGUACUCACUAUUGUGAAGAAGAAAACCAAGUUUAGAUGCAUUGUUGUAAUAGUACUGCAUAAAUGUUAAAUAUAUUAUUACUACUUAUCAAGACAAUACUCUAGAGUGAUGUGGACGAUGUCAGCCACAUUAGUAUACUAUGUGUAACGGGACUAUUAUUGUAGUUGGAUACCCUAGAAAUUCAAUAAGCAGAAACGCAAUACUAAAUUUUUUUUUUUACAGCAUAUUUUUUAUAACGAGAAAUACAAUUUAAAACGGCAAUUUUUAAGCCUAGCAUGCGUAAGGUAACUAAUGUAAUCAAUUGUUAAACACGGCACAUUAAUCGCUAAAUAAGAAAAGUCAAUUAAUCUUCAGUAAAGGUGUACGGCAUUAAAAAAAAAAAAAGAUGCUUUUUAACCCUGUGGAUCAAACAAUCUGUACAAUUGAGUUAUCAUUUUUUAGAGUCGUAAUUCCAAGCGUUGUUAAACAAUGUGUGUACACAUAUCAAAAAAUAAAACAAGAAUGACAUUGUUGGUUAAUUGUGUAUUUCA